AAACAUGCGGUGAUGAAGGCGUCAAUGGCAGGGUGUCGGUCGUCUCCCACAAGAAGACCGAGGUAUAAAAUUGUCGUAAGGAGCAUUGGUCUACUCUUCAGACUCAACCCUCCUUUCCUUUACGCACCCUUCUUUUCCGUUCACGUCCAGGUUCUCUUUCUGUGCACGAUGUCUAUGAAGUGGCUUCAGGGACUUGCGCUCGCCGCGCUCGCAGGGCUUGCGACCGCGCAGGACAACAGCACCAAGUUAGUCGCCUCCGUUACACCAGGUUACAUACCUGACCAAUUGACACGUCCCCAGCUCCACCCUCCCCGUCAACUUCGGCAUGGUGCUCUUCCCCUCCUUCCAAGCCCUGGACGUUUUCGGGCCUCUAGACGCGCUCAACCUCCUCUCCAUGCAAUACCCGCUCAACCUCUACCUCAUCUCCUCCACCACGCUCGACCCCGUCUCCACCAAAGCGCGCUCCGCCGGCAUGAACACGCACAACUCGAACUUCUCCGAGGCCAUCGCGCCCACGCACACCAUCCAGGACGCCCCCGCGCUCGACGUGCUCAUGAUCCCCGGCGGCCUCGGCACGCGCGCGGACGACCUCGACCCGCUGAUCGCCUACAUCGCGGACGCGGCGCAGGAGACGGACUACGUGCUCACCAUCUGCACGGGCUCGUGGCUCGCGGCGCGCGCGGGCGUGCUCGACGGGAAGAACGCGACGUCGAACAAGCGCUCGUGGGCGGGGCGCGAGGGGCUCGGGAACGGCACGAACUGGAUCGCGCACGCGCGGUGGGUCGAGGACGGGAAUGUGUGGACGUCGUCGGGGAUCAGUGCGGGUAUCGACAUGACGCUGGCGUGGAUUGCGAGCGUGUAUGGGAAUGAUACGGCGACGGAUGUGGCGAACAGCAUGGAGUACGAGCGCCAGCUCGACCCGAGCUACGACCCGUUCGCGGAUCUGUACAACCUGUAGAGGGUGCUCGGAAGGGAUUGGGUCCUGUCGUUUUGCUUUCAUAUUUAUUGAGUCAUGACCAACGUUGAAUUAUUGCGCUCGAUGCAUCUUGUAUGUCCGUCCAGAUGAAGGCAGCCACCUGAAUGUGAUCCUCCAGAAGGAAGACAAAGGUAACAGCCACUCAUCUACAAUUGGAAUCAACCAGAUCAAGUCCGAAGUCUAUUACUUGCACAGUAUCGAGUAGCUGAAAAGGAUAUCCAGUAUAGAUACGUACGUGUUCGUCCUCCACUAUUAUGACGCUCUCACAUAGUUCUGGAGUCAGCGUCCU